AUGAAACUCUCUGCAAUAGUUUUGUGCUACGUUUCCUUCUUCCGGUUUGACGACCUGAUUGCGAUCCGCUGGCAGGAUCUGAAAUUUUCCUGUACGCACCUCGAGCUGUACGUUCCCGACAGUAAAACAGACCAGUAUCGCAAGGGCGAGACCAUCUUCGUUGCUCGCCUCGGGGGCCAAUUCUGCCCAGUCGCCCUGAUCGAACGCCUCCUUACCGUCGGCCAGUACAAAACCUCUGGACCGGGUUCUCUAAUUCGUACCACUCUAGUUUGCCCUCCGUCUCAGCGCCUCAAGGCGAACCCCCCUUGCUACGACACCGUACUUAGCUGGUUCAAGGAGGCCGCGUCCCUUCUCGGUCUCAACCCUAAGCUGUACGGAACUCACUCCGGUCGUCGCGGUGGCGCAACCGGCGCGGCCGCGCGCGAUGUCCCUGACCGCUUGUUCAAACGCCACGGCCGUUGGCGCUCUGACCGCGCGAAGGACUUAUACGUCCGGGAAACCCUCCAGUCGCGGCUCGCCACAACCCGCAACCUGGGCCUCCAGGAGGAUAUCCCGAUUGCACAGCUGCGCGCGUUCGAAGCCGAAGCCU